AUGAGCACUAUUUUCAGUCAUAGGCGGAUCUCCAUAGCGGGAUUCUGGAGAAGGCAAAACGUCUCGGCACGUUUGUGCGUCACCGGAUUCCUUAGUCUGGUGCUCCUUGUCUCGGACUCUCGCGGAUGGGCUCUUGACCCCGUCUGGUACGAAUCUUCUUUGGCCGAAAAUGAUUCGACAUGUUCUGUCAUCCGGCCAAUCAUUCAAUUGACUGGGAGUGUAUUGAAUACUUUACGCAUCAACAUCUCAAAACGCGCUGCUUUUGAGCUCGUCGCCCGCCUUGCCGCCUACGCCAUAACCAUCUACCACAUCUCUGCGAUUGCCCAUCUAAUCCAUAACAAUAACUACCUGAUCGACACGAAUGACGAAACGUCCACUUCUUCCAUCAGCCCCAACCUUUUGAAAUCUUUGAUUGGAUUCAAGCCAUCUGCUUCAAGGCAACCGAAGCUCGAUAACACAGACUAUUUCUUUGAGGGAAGGACGUACGGAGUUGCCUCCUCAGUGGGCAUCGCAGACAACGGCCUCAAGAAGUCGGUCCGGAAAUACCGGUUUGAGGAGGUCGGCUACCUCUCUCAGGUGAAGUGUCUGUACAACAGCAGCACGAACUUCCGGAUUGGGAAAGAAUAUCCUCAUAGAACUUUUGCCGUCACUGGGUUCCUACCCGACUCUGUGGGGAGUGCUCAAUGGUCUGAGUACAUCGGCGCGACUUCAGACUCCAUCGUCGCCAUUGGUGUCGCCGACAGCCCUCAGUCACCUCGACGAUAUAUCUCCAUCGCUGCAGGAGAAAAGUACCGAGUUUUGAACACCACGCAGUGCACAGUGGAAUUUGUUCCUACAUUGUUCCAGGUAACGGUCGAUGUCAAAGAUAAGAGCGUCGGUGUCGUUCCAAUGAGCGGUGUUGACGUUCAAGACAUCGAUCCAGAGCGCAUCUUGACGCGAAGCGCCGUCAGAGAGCUUGACUCGAUGUCAAACAGCUUGCAGAGCUUCUAUGGUUCUGUACUUGGAGAUGCCCUUCUCUCGAGCAUUGCUGCCUGGAAUAGUUCGUUUAACGCACAGGGUCUGGUAUCAGAACGGGUUGCGACAUUGUCUGGACUGGAAGACGCCUUUGCCUUCAUGACCGAUUCAAUACUAGCGGGCUAUGGACAGAUUCAACUGGGUCACUUCUCCAAGCCAACAACAGCAGAAGUCGAGGUUGAUGUUUAUGUACUGGGAAAGAAGGCGUUCACUAGCGUAGCUGUGGUGAUCAACGCCAUGAUCACUGUUGCAUUUUACUUUUACAUUCCUUCGUAA